AUGAUCGGGUCUAUCCUUUCCCUCGCGGCUUUGGCUGCUGCGCAAGAAGCCUACAACCCUCCAUCUUACACUCCUCCAUCUUACACACCACCGAGCUACACACCAGCGAAGGAGCCAGUGGACUCGAAAGCUCUCCAGGCGUCGAUUCUGGAGAGUGCUCUUUCGCAAAAGGCUCAUGAGCUCGAAGAUGCCGCCUACAGCACACCUCAGAGAAACAGAGUCUUCAGCUCCCCAGGCCACGAGAAUACUCUGCAGUUCAUUGAGGGAUACCUCGAGACCGUGAGCGAUUACUACGACUUCAGACGUCAGGAGUUCCAGGCUCUCUACAGUCAAGCUAGCGGCGAGUUCUCUGCUGAUGGAACGGCAUAUGACCCCACGAUCUACCAGUACUCUCCUAGCUCACCGGUCGAGGGAAUUACUGCGGCUCUUGUGCCGGUGGCGAACAAUGGAUGCAAUGCUACCGACUACCCAGCUGAGGUUUCCGGAGCUAUUGCCCUGAUCUCGAGAGGUCUCUGUGACUUUGGUCUGAAGAGUGCUCUUGCUGGUGCGGCUGGCGCCGAGGGUGCCAUCAUCUACAACAACAUCCCAGGUCCUGUCACUGGUGGUACCCUUGGCCCUCCACCACGUGCCGAGGGUGACUAUAUCCCAACUGCCGGAAUAACUCAAGACAACGGCACCGCCUUGCUCGCUGCCAUCAAUGGUGGCCAGACUGUCGAGGGCGUGCUCCUGGUCGACAGCGUGAUUGAGAACCGCACAACCUACAACAUCAUCGCCGACAGCAAGGGUGGCGACAAGAACAACGUCCUCGCCAUUGGCGCCCACUCCGACUCCGUCUACGCCGGCCCAGGCAUCAACGACGACGGCUCCGGCACCAUCGGAAUCCUCGAGACCGCCAUCCAGCUCGCCAAAUACACCACCACCAACGCCGUCCGCUUCUGCUUCUGGAGCGCCGAAGAGUUCGGUCUGCUUGGUUCAGAGUACUACGCCAGCCAGAUCAACGGCACAGAAGAGGCAGAGAAGAUCAGACUGUACCUAAACUUCGACAUGAUUGCCUCGCCCAACUACGUCUACGCCCUUUACGAUGGAGAUGGUUCCGCUUUUAACAUCACCGGCCCUCCAGGUUCCGGUGAGGCUGAGGCUUUCUUCGAGAAUUGGUUUGAGGAGCAAGGUCUACCUACCAAGGAAACCGACUUCGACGGCCGCUCGGACUACGGCCCAUUCCUCGACAUUGGUGUCGCCGCUGGUGGUAUCUUCACCGGUGCUGAGGAGGUCAAGACUGAAGAAGAGGCUGCUGUCUUUGGUGGUGAGGCGGGUGUUGCGUACGAUGUCAAUUACCACCAGGCUGGAGACAACUACACGAACCUGAACUUCGAGGCGUUCUUGGUCAACACCAAGGCGAUUGCUGCCGCUACCGCGUUCUACACCACGAGCUUCGAUAGCUUGCCACCGAGGAAUGCGACGAUUGAGGGUAGGAAGAGGAGGAGUGUCAGCCGUCACCCGCACAAGAGGCAGAAUAAGAUGAGCCAUUCGCAUCAUAUGCAUGAUUGUGGAAGGUCGGAGAAGAUUACACACUAA